CAAAACAAAAAGUAGAGCAAUAACGAUUCUGAAUUUGCAUUUGGCGGUAGAAUGCCUUGUGCAAACAAGAAGGGUGGGUAAGCGCAGGACUGGCAGCUGAUAUCGUUGGUAAUGGUAAGAGGGAUUGGCAAGCAAGUUUCUUGUUACUCUCUUUUCACGUCUUCCGGUUCAACUCUCUCUUUCUGAUUCUCAGAAAUUUAAAAAUGGCUUCAAAAUACAGUUCUUUGGUUGCUCUUCUCUUUUUACUUCUUCACCCAGUGGUCCCCUCUGCACCAAGUCAUGGGUUAAUCAGAAUUGGAUUAAAAAAGAAUAAAUUGGAUAAAAGCAAUCUGCACACCGGACAAGCUGAAUCUAAGGAAGGAGACUUAUUUAAAGUAACCAAAAUAUAUCAUUCUAGUGGAAGAUAUAGGAGUUCUGGUGACACAAGUAUUAUUGGAUUAAGGAACUACAUAAAUGCUCAGUAUUUUGGUGAGAUUGGCAUUGGAACUCCUUCUCAAAAGUUUACUGUGAUAUUCGACACUGGAAGUUCUAAUCUUUGGGUGCCUUCCUCUAAAUGCUACUUUUCCGUUGCUUGUUAUUUGCACUCAAGAUACAAGUCAAGCCUGUCCAUCUCUUACGCCAAAAACGGGACAUCUGCUGAGAUCCAUUAUGGCACCGGAGCUAUAUCAGGUUUCUUUAGCCAGGAUAAUGUUAGACUUGGUGAUUUGGUUGUUGAAAACCAGGAUUUUAUUGAGGCAACCAAAGAGCCUAGCAUCACAUUCUUGGCUGCCAAGUUUGAUGGCAUUCUAGGCCUCGGAUUUCAAGAGAUAUCUGUUGGUAAUGCUGUUCCUGUGUGGUACAACAUGCUUGAUCAACAACUUUUGAAAGAACCGGUUUUUUCAUUCUGGCUGAACCGCAAUAUUGAUGGGAAAGAAGGAGGUGAGAUCGUAUUUGGAGGGGUUGAUUCAGAUCAUUACAAGGGCGAGCACACCUAUGUUCCAGUCACCCAGAAAGGCUAUUGGCAGUUUGAAAUGGGAGAUGUCUUAAUCGGUGGUGAAACAACUGGAGUAUGUGCAGCUGGUUGCUCAGCAAUUGCAGAUUCUGGAACCUCUUUGUUGGCAGGCCCAACGACAGUAAUUGCUCAGAUCAAUCAUGCAAUUGGGGCAGCUGGAUUAGUUAGCCAAGAAUGCAAGGCAUUGGUUAACCAGUAUGGAAAAACCAUACUUGAUAUGCUAAUAAAUGAGACUCUCCCACAACUGAUUUGCUCUCAAAUUGGUUUCUGUACUUUUGAUGGGACUCGUGGUGUAAGUAUGGGCAUAAAGAGCGUGGUAGAGAAUAUCAAAGAGAAGGCAUCUGAAAGCGUUGGGGAUACUGGAUGCACUUUCUGUGAGAUGGCAGUGGCAUGGAUGAAGAAUAGGAUGAAACUAAACGGGACAGGAGACCAGAUCCUAGACUAUGUUAAUGAGCUCUGUGAUCGGCUUCCCAAUCCAAAUGGAGAAUCAGCAGUUGAAUGUGGAAGCUUAGCUUCCAUGCCGAACAUUGCAUUCACCAUUGGUGGGAAAGCUUUUGACCUCUCACCAGACCAGUAUGUCCUUAAAGUGGGAGAUGGAGAGGCAGCACAAUGCAUAAGUGGAUUUAUAGCCCUGGAUAUAGCUCCUCCUCGAGGGCCUCUAUGGAUUCUUGGGGAUAUUUUCAUGGGUCGCUACCACACGGUGUUUGACUAUGGGAAUAACAGAGUUGGAUUUGCUGAAUCAGCGUAGUAGACUCGUGAUAUGCAGCGUAAAAAUGUGGAAUAGAUAAUACCUCAGGCAGUGUGAAAUAUAAGCUUCAAUAUGAUGCUACUUGAAAGCACAAUAAGGACUUCUAAGAAAUAGUAUCUUGUUCUCUUUGUGCUGAUUCUUAAAUUAGAUGCACAACAUAUCGGCACUUGAUAUUUAUUGGCACACUCGAAUGUUGUCUUCGGCUGUAGACUCGUAUUCUCAAUGGCUGCACGAAGAGAUUAUACCUUUUUGUCAGCAUUAUAAGUUUAAAACAAGUGUUUUUGCGGACCA